UCUUUUCCAUGGUUUUGUGUAUCUAGGCAGCAUUAACCCCAAAAUAUUGAUGUCACUUUUUGCUUCCUUUAAUUCAGAUUAGUACAAAAUACACAAACAGCUAUUAGUUGGCUGAAUUUAACCGAUAUUUUUAAAUGUUAAAUUCGCUCUAAAUUCUAAUUAUCAAUUUUAUAAUUAAUAUUACACUUAAAUCAAUAUAAGAUAGCAGAUUUAAAAAAUGGCACAAGAAGUCGAGGAAACCAUGAAACGUAUUCAGUCACAUAAAGGAGUAGUUGGAACAAUUGUAGUCAAUGCAGAAGGUAUUCCAAUCAAAUCUACAUUGGACAAUACUACAACAGUUCAGUAUGCAGGAUUGAUAAGUCAGUUGUCAGAUAAAGCAAGAUCUGUGGUAAGAGAUUUGGAUCCAACAAAUGAUCUUACAUUUUUACGUAUUCGAAGCAAAAAACAUGAAAUUAUGGUUGCUCCAGACAAAGAAUUUAUACUCAUUGUAAUACAAAAUCCAGUUGACUGAUAUC